AAAUAUCAAAGCUUUCAGUUUUUGAUCAAACCGAAGGUGAACUUCUUUAUAAUGUAUGGAUCGAAUACGCAGUUAUGCAAGAUCCACAUAACGAUGACGAAUCUUAUAUGAUUAAUGUUCAGACUAUAGUUAAACAUCUUAGUUCGUUUCAAUUUCCUAUUCCUAUUUUAAACGAAUAA